AUGUCCUCGGCGGCGGGCGGCGGGUACGGGGGCGGCGCCGCCGAGCACCAGCACCUGCUGCUGGGGCAGGCCGCGGGGCAGCUCUACCACGUGCCGCAGCACAGCCGCCGCGAGAAAUUGCGGUUCCCGCCCGACCCGGCGGGCUCGCCACCGGCCGCCGCGUGGCCGGCGCCCCCGCCCUUCUACUCCUACGCGUCCUCGUCCACGUCGUCCUACUCGCCGCACAGCCCGGCGCCGUUGGCGAACGCGCAGCUCGUCGCACACGCGCUGCCGGCCGGCGCCGGGGCCCAGAUCCCGAGCCAGAGCUUCGCGCUCUCGCUCUCCUCGGCGUCCUCGAACCCUCCGCCCGCGCCGCGGAGGCAGCUCGCGGCCGUUGUAGCCACGGGCCCGUACGGCCCCUUCACGGGCUACGCGGCCGUGCUCGGGCGCUCUAGGUUCCUGGGCCCCGCGCAGAAGCUGCUCGAGGAGAUCUGCGACGUGGGAGGCCGCCCUGCGCAGGCGGACCGGCUCUCCGACGACGGGCUGCUCGACAUGGACGCCAUGGACGCCGCGGGGGACCAUGACAUGGACGGCGGCGAGCGCGCUGCCGCUGAGGCGGUCGCGGUGUCCGGCGCCGAGCAGCAGUGGAGGAAGACCAGGCUCAUCUCCCUCAUGGAAGACGUUUGCAGGCGAUACAAACAGUACUACCAGCAGCUGCAAUCUGUUAUAUCUUCGUUUGAGACCGUUGCUGGGCUGAGCAAUGCUGCGCCCUUUGCUUCAAUGGCCCUUCGGACAAUGUCAAAGCAUUUCAAAUGUCUGAAGGGCAUGAUCCUAAACCAGCUGCGCAACACUAGUAAGGUCGCCGCCAAUGAUGGCAUCGGCAAGGAGGAUAUGGCAAACUUUGCACUGAUGGGAGGUGGUUCAGGCCUCCUAAGGGGAAACAGUGUGAAUGCGUUCGGUCAGCCUCACAACAUUUGGAGACCUCAAAGGGGGCUUCCUGAGCGUGCGGUGUCCGUUCUUCGCUCAUGGCUGUUCGAACACUUCUUACAUCCCUAUCCGACUGACAGUGACAAGCAGAUGCUGGCUAAACAGACAGGCUUAACAAGAAACCAGGUGUCAAACUGGUUCAUCAACGCCCGGGUGCGUCUCUGGAAGCCAAUGGUGGAAGAAAUCCACAACCUGGAGAUGCGGCAGCAGCACAAGAACCCAUCCCUGGACAAGAACCAGAUGGGCAUGCAGCAAACCCAGCACUCGUCGGACAGCAGCGGGAAGCCUUCCGACCCUUCAAGUUCUCAACGGGGGCAAAACAGUGGCACGACGACGAGGAACCUCAGCUCCCCGGCGUCGCGGCACAUCCUGCAGGACGAGCUCUCUCAGAUGCCCCACGACAUGCCAGGCCAGGUGAGCUUCGCUUACAACGGGCUCGCCACGCACCACGGCCUCGCACUGUCACACUCCCACCCCCAGCAAACUGAAGGGAUCAGCGCCGGCGGCGCUACCGCCAACGGCGGCGUCUCGCUCACCCUCGGCCUUCACCAGAACAACCGGACCUACAUCGCCGAGCCGCUUCCGGCCGCUCUUCCGCUCAACCUCGCGCACCGUUUCGGGCUGGAGGACGUGAGCGACGCCUACGUGAUGGGUUCGUUCGGCGGCCAGGACCGGCAUUUCACCAAGGAGAUCGGCGGCCACCAUUUGGUCCAUGACUUCGUUGGUUGAUCAAAAGUCUUGUCUCUUGGAAGGGGUGGUCAGCAUGUAUUGUACUAGGGUGUAGGACAGUCGAAGAAACAAGUGGCCGGCCGGGCGUCCGUGUGCCUCUCGUGGUGUAGAUGCGUCCAAGAAUGCUGUCGAUAUUUGACAAUGUGGGGGGCUAUAGAGGGCAUGACCAUACCUUUGAAGAUGUGUUGUAUGUCGGUAGAUGUUGAACCCUAUUUGUUCUCUAAUCCCAGAUGAUCGAUUAAGCCGUGUUAACAUGUACCACUAUUCCUUUGACAUGCAAUUGAAGUGAACUGAUAUCCUAGCUUGCA